AUGGUUAUGGCAGCAAAUUCGUUUAAUGAAUGGUUUAAUAAAAUAUGGUGUGUUGUUAUAUUGACAUAUUAUCAAAGGAGCUGCAUAAUUUUUGGAAAUGGACUUCACGUACAGAUUCUUGGUGGCAAAAAUGACCAUCUGUCUAGUACAAACAGCCUAAUGAGGCAGAAGCGAGAAUGGAUUGUCCCACCUGCAGUCAUCAUGGAAGAGCAGGACAACUCUAAGAGGAAUCCAAUUGCUAGAAUACACUCUGAUCUUGCGAAUAAUACAGGAGUAGUUAUCACGUACACAAUUUCUGGUCAAGGGGUCACAGAACCACCAUAUGGCUUGUUCGUUAUGAAUGGAAAAACAGGAGAACUGAACAUCACUGGAAUAGUUGAUCGGGAACAAACACCAAUGCUCCAUCUGCAAGGUUUGGCCAUCAAUUGGAAUGGUGCUUACAUGGAAAAACCAUUAGACUUGAGAAUUAAAGUUCUGGACAUAAAUGAUAAUAGCCCAGUGUUUUCAGAGGAAGUUUUUGUGGGCUCUGUUGAAGAGUUAUCUGAUGUAGGGACUAUUGUGAUGAAGAUAGACGCAACCGAUGCAGAUGAACCAAAUACCCUCAACUCCAAAAUCGCCUUCAGGAUUGUUUCUCAAGAGCCAAGUGAACCUCCUGCAUUUGUAAUUAACAAAGCAACUGGCGUGGUUCAGACUGCCACAUACCAGCUUGACAGAGAGGUACACAGUAGCUACUCCUUAGUUGUGGAGGCGAAAGACCGAGAUGGAGCUUCAAUUGGGUUAGGGAAACAAACCUCUGUACAGAUCAAACUUUUAGACGUCAAUGACAAUAUUCCGGUUCUUGAGAAGGCCACGUAUGAAGGAAGUGUUAAGGAAAACAUGGCAAAUGUGGAAAUCAUGCGCCUGAAGGUCUUUGACAGAGACGAGGAGUUCACCGACAACUGGCUGGCGCAGUUCGCAAUUCUGUCUGGCAAUGAAGGAGGCUAUUUCCAUAUAGAAACAGAUUCUCAAACCAAUGAAGGAAUUUUAACUCUUCUUAAGGAAGUUGAUUAUGAACAACUACAGACAAUGAACUUAAAUAUUGUUGUAUCUAACAAAGCAGCAUAUCACAAAUCAAUUAUUAGUAGUGGUUACCAAGCACAACCAAUUCCAGUUAAAAUUAAUGUGAUAAAUGUGAAGGAAGGUCCUAUGUUUAAGCCCCAAACAAUGGUAAUUAAAGCAAACAAGACAUGGACAAUGAACCAGAUUAUUGGAAGCUUUCAGGCUUUUGAUGAAGACACUGGAAAAAUAGCAGAACUCAUCAGGUAUGCCAAAGAUCGUGAUGCUGAAAACUGGUUUACCAUAGACUCUAAAACUGCUGAAAUCAAGGUUAUUAAAAUACCUAGAUUUGACUCAUCUUCUCUUGUCAACGGUAGUUACAUUGCAACAAUUUUGGCUAUAACUGAAGAUGUCCCUUCAAAAACUGCAACAGGUACCAUUGCUAUUAAAGUAGAGAAUGUUAAUUUCCAUUGUCCAACUAUCACAACGCGAGCAACAACCACCUGUGCUGAUGCAAAGUUCACUAACAUCACUGUUGAAGAUCAUGAUACUUAUCCAAAUGGUGGUCCUUUCACUUUUACGAUCAUCGAUGUGCCUGAAAGAAUGUCGGACAAAUGGGUAAUUGGCCAGGUAGAUGGAUCUAGUGCACAGCUUGUACCGGUGGAUGUGCAGCCUGGCACAUACACUAUUCCCAUUUUAGUAAAAGAUAACCAGGGUUUCAGCUGUCCUGACCAACAAAUCGUUUACGUCUCCGUUUGUACUUGUGGGCAAGAUGGUGUUUGCGUAGGAAAGAAAAUUGUUGGCUCGUCGGUUGCACUGGGACCUGUUGCAGUUGCAUUGAUAAUCCUGGCACUCUUGUUGUUGCUGUUGCUGCCUCUCUUGUUGCUGCUGUGUCACUCUGGGUCAGGCGCUAAGAAAGGCUUUGCAGCAAUACCCGAUAACAGCGAAGAAAUGUUGCGUAACUGGAACAGCGAAGGGGCCGCUCCUGACAACAGGGCGAUCCUAAACUUCAUCGCUCCCCCUGCAUCGGACAACUUGGCCUCAAAUAUGGGAGUCGGAGCAGCAGCCAUGGGUGCAGGAGCUGCAGCCGCUCUGGGUGGCAGCUCUUCUUCCAUGAUGAAAGGCAUCAAAGUGACCGAGGGACGAUGGGAAGAGCAGAGAGCUCUUCUAUCUGGUGCAGGUUACAGAGGCAUGGAAUCAGGUGCAUCAGCCAUGGCAGCUGGAGGAGGCCUGGCGGCCAGAGGCACCAUGGUAAUGGGCUCUGGAGGAACUAUGGGUGCUGGAGGGCAUAUGGCCAUGGAAACUGGAGGAGCUGUGAAUGAAGAGUUCUUAAGGAGUUACUUCAGUGAGAAAUACGUUGCUUUUGCUGAUGAAGAGGAAGGUCACCUUACAAAAGACUGCCUGUUACUUUACUGUCAGGAAGGAGGAUCCACCCAUGGCUCUGUUGGUUGCUGCAGCUUUAUUGAGGAUGACUUCGAUGACCAUUUCCUGGAUGACUUGGGAGAUAAAUUUAAGACUCUGGCCGAGAUCUGUGUGGGCAGACGCGUGGGCACAGUGGCCAGACAGCACAGUUCCCAAGUCCUGAAAGACACGGUAGAUGAAUUGGAUGUACAUGGUUUGAGUUCAAAGCACAGCUAUUCAUCAGGCUCUGGCUACCAACUACCUGAAACCACAAAAGGCUUUGGUGCAGACACUGUAACGGAAGAGAUAGUAACUGAGACAGCUUUUGCAUCUAGAUCUGGCCUCCAGCCAGCUAAGCCUAUACCUGACCCCAUGGUAAGCAGCAGUGUCUUUGUGACAGAAACAUCUUAUGGGGCAGCACCCUCCACAAUGAUCCUAGACCCUCAAUUGAAGGAGAAUGUUGUUGUGACAGAGAGGGUGCUUGCUCCUGCUUCUAGCUUGCAGGAAAUGUUAGAAAUGCCUCAUGGGGUCUUUCAGGAUCUCCCAGAUUCAAAGUAUGUUGUAGUGAGAGAAAGGGAGAGGGUCCUUGUACCUAGUUCUAACCUACAGGCCUCCUUAAGUAUCCCCAAUUUAUCAGAAGGACAGAACAUGAUAGUAACUGAAAGUACAGUUUCGUCCUCUGGUUUGCAGGCUGCAGGCGUACAAAGCAUGACAGAACCAGCCAUGUAUUCUGGCAGUGAUAGGCAUGAACAUGUCUUGAUCUCAGACCCCCUUUUUCACCAAGUCAGCACAGAGGAAGUACUUCCUCCUGGUUCUUCUUUGAGCAAGUCCUCAAGGCUCACAAAAUACAGCUCUGUACAAUAUACACGUUCCUAAAUGCUGUAUUUUCAUCCAUCACUUCAUAGUUACAGAUGGCAUUGAUAAAAGUAGUGGUUUGUU